ACGCGCGAAUGCACAACCUCUUCCGGGCAAGAUGGCGAUGGGGCUGGUGUGCGGCCGCCGGGGGCUUCUGCGCCUGCUACGGCCCGGGCGGCAGUUCCACAGCGUCGCAGAGUCCUCGCGGUGGCCCCGGAAACCGCCGGCCGCGGGGCUCCUGGUCCCGGUCAUCCCGUGCUGCGGUCGCCCGCACUACGUCCUCCUCGCCGCCCCCGGCCCCCGCUGCCUCAGUACCUCGGCCGUUUUGUUUGCAGAAGCCCAGGUUCAGACCCCUCCUGUUCCUGCAACUCCCUCACCCACAGUACUACCUGAGGUGGCUUCUGGAGGGACUGCGGAUGUAGUCCAAGCUGCAGCAGAACAGAGCUUCAGUGAACUGGGGCUGGGGUCAUAUACCCCAGUGGGACUGAUCCAGAACUUACUGGAAUUUAUGCAUGUUAACCUGGACCUACCUUGGUGGGGAGCCAUUGCUGCAUGUACAGUCCUUGCCCGCUGCCUGAUUUUUCCUCUCAUCGUGAAGGGCCAGCGAGAGGCAGCCAAGAUCCACAACCACUUGCCAGAGAUCCAGAAGUUUUCCACUCGAAUCAGAGAAGCCAAGUUGGCAGGAGACAAUGCUGAGUUUUACAGGGCCUCCAUGGAGAUGACACUCUACCAGAAAAAGCAUGAUGUUAAACUCUUUAAACCUCUCAUUCUACCUCUGACUCAGGCCCCAAUCUUCAUCUCCUUCUUCAUUGCUCUGAGAGAGAUGGCCAACCUUCCUGUGCCCAGCCUGCAGACAGGUGGUCUCUGGUGGUUCCAGGACCUCACAGUAUCUGAUCCCACCUACAUGUUACCACUGGUAGUCACUGCUACAAUGUGGGGUGUCCUUGAGCUAGGUGCUGAGACAGGUAUGCAAAGUUCUGACCUUCAGUGGAUGAGAAAUGUGAUUAGAGUGAUGCCCCUGGUAGUCUUGCCGAUAACCAUCCAUUUCCCCUCGGCAGUGUUUGUAUACUGGCUCUCCUCCAAUUUGUUUUCCCUGGGCCAAGUGGCCUGUCUCCGGAUUCCAGCUGUGCGUACUGUCCUUAAAAUACCCCAGCGUGUUGUACAUGACCCUGCCAAAUUAUCUCCGCAGGAAGGCUUCUUAAAGAGCUUCAAAAAAGGCUGGAAGAAUGCUGAAGUAACACAUCAUCUACGAGAGCGUGAACGACGCAUGCAGAAUCACUUGGAUAUAGCAGCCAGGGGUCCCUUACGACAGACCUUUACCCAUAAUCCUCUGCUGCAGCAUGGAAAGAAUCACCCUCCCAACACCCCUAACAGCAGCAGCAGCAACAGCAAACCAAAGUCAAAGCAGCCCUGGCGUGAUACGCUUGGCUGACUUAUGUUUUUGCUCAUGCUGGCAGGGACUCUGUCUCUUCAAAGACUCCUCCUCAACACAAGACUUGACGCUACAUCCUUGGUCCAGUUUCAGGAACUGUGGCAUAUGGAGAUGUUCAUUUUAAAGACAGAUUUUACAGCAAGCUUAUGCCCUUGUUUAUAAGAGAGCACCGGGGGGGCCAAGUGAUCUUCCUAUUCACAGAGUUAGUAAACCUGUGUACUACA